ACACAGUCAACAUGGCGCCGAAGCAACGUGGGAAAACGGCGUCUUCGUCGAAGACGGCGGAUAAACGUGAAGACCACGCGGAGAACAUGGGUCUGUUCCUGGAGUCCAGUGACGACGAGGCUCCGGAGGAGCUGACGUUCGAGGAGUCGAAGCUCGCGGCUCUGCGCUGCUUGAAGGAGGCGCUGGACUCCGCCAGGAGGGAGAAGGAGGUGCUCAAAGAGAAGAGGAGGAGGAGACAGGAGCUGUUCCAAGAGCAGAAGAAGCGAAAACUGUUACCGGCCGACGUGUUGGAGGAGAUCGACGACUCGACCGCCAAGAAACAGAAGCCGUCUGAACACGAAGGUGAAGAGCAGCAGAAGAAGAAGAAGAAGCAAAAGAAGAAGAGUGGGAAGUUGGCGCAUAUACGAAAUCUGAAGGGAAACUACAAGGUGGUGACUGUGAAGGAGCCGGCGUCGGCGACCUUCCAGCAGCAGGCGGCCGAGGCCUUCAUCCAGUCCCGGCUCUACGGACCAGGCAGCGGCCGGACCACAAACAACGAGCUGCUCUCCCUCCAGAACAAGAAGGGGAAGAAUAAAAGUGCAGCUGUGCAGUUUGUCAAGAAAGACUGGGCCUCUAAAGAAAGAGCCAAAGCAGAGAAGCUGAAGAAGAGGUGGCUCCUCAAGCAGCAGAUUCCCUCCGGCUGACCGCCGGCACCAGAACCCUCAGCGCUUCUCUGCACCAGCUGCUCGUGGAUUUAAAGGGGACACAGAACAUUGCUGAAGUCACAGGAAACCAAGGGAAGGACGUGGUUUAAAGUCCUGCUGGGAUUCAGGCUGGACUUAAUGUGGAGACAGUAGCAGGACAAUGUGCAGCUGAAUGAGGGGGGGGGGCAAGAUUACACCAGAACAAAAGUCCUGGGACAGACGGAGAAUCGGAGCCUUAACCCAUAAACCCUGAGGCUCUCACCUGAAGUUUCUGAAAGAGCAGAACUCACGAAGAAACAGUCAUUUGUAUCUGUGCUGAUGAAAAACUUGUUUUCAGAACAUUAAUUUUUUUCUUUGCUUCCAGUUUAAUCGCUCUAUGAAUAAAUACUUGUAACAGUAUCUCAUAUUUGAUCAAAUCCAAAGUAAACACUUGAGUGGACACACGUCUUCAAAUGAUGAAACCAAGCCGACUAUUAAUAUGCAAUGAUCUAUUUAGCGCUAAGACGAUAGAGAACGUGUCAGAAGGAUGUGGAUGUUUGGGGCCAGAUACCGAUUAUAUGUCAAGAUUAAUAUAUUUAUAUAUUGAAAAACAUUCUCAAUGAUUGGGACGAUGUCGUUAUCAAACUCUUAUGAACAAGAAAUAUAUCAAAGGCUAGAUGUUUUACAGAUUAACCACACUUCAUUAUAAAUAAUUAAAAAUAGAUCCAAAGAUAUAGAACUUGAAUUAAAAAGUAUAUGAAAAGAAAUACUCAUCUUUUCUGCCUUGUGAGCUAUAUUGAUUAUUUACAAUAUGUAAGAAGAAUGAAUAGGACCCAGUAGAGCUCAGACCUCCGAGACCCAACUGUCUGUUCUCAUUCAUAUUAAUCUGUUGGACCAGUCGGAAAAUUGUUAUUGACAACUACAUAACGACAUAUUUUACAGCUGGUGGAAGUGUUUCUGUGCUUUGUUCUGACAAGUGAAAGUUUUCACAUCAGUCAUAAACGCCACGGACUCUUCUGUGAUUUGAUCUUCGAUGUCAGAGAUAUGUGUUUACUUUGUUAAAGGAGCCAGCGUUCACAAACACUGAGGUCAAAUGAAUAAAACUGCAGAUGGCUUUACAACA